AUGCCUUCCCCUUCAGCCUCAUACUCUGGGCAGCGGAGUACUCGCUUUGGGAGGAAGGUGGCUCCCUUUCCUACUCAACAACUUUUCAUCUUAGCAUUAUGCCGUAUUUGCGAGCCUAUUGCGUUCAUGUCCAUCUUUCCAUACAUUUAUUAUAUGAUUCUCUCCUUCAAGAUCACCAAGGAUGACCGACAGAUUGCCAUCUAUGCCGGCAUGGUGACUUCUGCUUUUGCCUUCGCCGAGUUCUCCACGGGUGUUGUUUGGGGCCGCCUGAGUGACCGUGUAGGCCGGAAGCCCAUUCUUCUCACGGGCCUGGCUGGUACGGGCUUGAGCAUGCUCAUCUUUGGAUUUGCGCCUAGUCUGCCUGUUGCCUUACUGGCUCGAGCUCUAGGAGGACUGCUGAAUGGGAAUAUUGGUGUUCUGCAGACUACUGUUGCCGAGAUGAUUACAGAGAAGGAACAUCAACCGCGGGCUUACUCCAUUAUGCCCUUUGUCUGGUGCCUUGGAUCAAUCCUCGGGCCCGCUCUCGGUGGUGCAUUGGCCGAUCCCUGCACGAGCUACCCAUACCUAUUUCCUCGAGGCACAAUUUUCGACCGCUUCCCCUAUCUCCUACCCAAUCUUGUGUGCGCUGUGGUUCUUGCCUGCGGAGUGAUUAUCGGAAUUCUUUUUCUGGAGGAGACGCAUGAAGAAAAGAAGCACCAUCGCGAUGUCGGAUUAGAGGUUGGAAGAUGGAUCCUAAGUAAAUUCUCAAGCAAACCCGAUGAACCAUUGUUCGGCAAGGGUGGCGACGCGAAUCUCGAAGAAUCCCGUUCUCUGCUCGAGGAUGAGCAGCCACCUGGAUACCGGACCACGGAGGGUUCACCACGCAUUGCCUGUUCCCAAGGUUCCUCCUCCGAUCCUCCGCCCCAGCCCCUGGAUGAGAAGCGCCGUCGAUCCCAGCCCUCUGUUCGAGAAGCCUUCACUAAGCAGGUCGUUCUUAAUAUCAUCGGAUAUGGUAUUCUAGCAUACCACACCAUGUCCUUCGACCAACUAAUGCCGGUGUUUUUGAGUACGCCUCAGUCACAUGAGAGCAUUUCUCUCCCCUUCAAAUUCACUGGAGGCUUCGGACUUCCCACCAAGACCAUCGGGUUCAUCAUGUCACUGCAGGGUCUUUACUCAAUGUUCGCCCAGAUUUUCCUCUUUCCUCUUAUUGUUCGGAGGUUUGGAAGCUUGAACACCUUCCGUUUCGUUGCCAUGACAUAUCCAUUGCUUUACAUUAUGGUUCCCUACAUUGUGCUUUUGCCAAAGCCAUUACAAAUGGUUGGCGUUGGCAUGUGCCUGGUUUGGAAGAUCACUGCUGGCGUAUUGGCUUAUCCCGCAAAUGCGAUUCUUCUUACUAAUUCAGCACCGUCACUCAUGGUCCUCGGAGUGAUCAAUGGUAUCGCGGCCUCUACUGCCAGUCUCGCUCGAGCUUUUGGUCCGACCAUUUCUGGCCUCGUCCAUGCUGUUGGACUCCGGCUUGGAUAUGCCGGUCUUGCUUGGUGGGCCAGUGGCAUAGUCGGUAUCAUUGGCGCUUUUGAGAGCCUCUGGAUGGAGGAGGGUCCAGGCCGGCUCGACAACGUGCCUGAGGAUUCCAUCGACGAGGAAGCGGACUUGGGCGAACCUUAUCUUGAGCCUUACUGCGAGCCCGAGCCAGUUGAAGCUACAUUCCCGAUUGCUGAGACAACGCCGCUCGCUCCUGCUGAAGUCUUCACGGGAGAGCAUUCCUCUCCUCGCAGUAAGAUCGUGGUUGACGCUGUCAAUACUGGUUCAAAAUCUCGGAACUGA